AUGCAUGGGGAGUGCUCUGACAACUCCUGUGCGACCAGUCAAAACGCUAACAUCACCUCUCUGCUGGGAAGGAUAUCAGCCGACGACCUCUUUGUGCUCGCCCGCGGACAGGAGGAGGAGGAGCUUGCCCCAGUCUCCUUGCGGGAGUACUUGAAGAAGAUGGGCAAGUACGGCGGAUACGCAGGCCUCGCCCCCGACGCGGACUUGGCAGACGCAGCUGCCGACAAUGAGGUGAGCAUCAGGUUUCAGACAACCUUCCUGCCUGUCCUUGAGGACGCCGGCCGGGAAAGAGGGUAA